AUGGAUUCGGACAAGUUGGGCGAAUUGAAUAGACAAAUAAAUGAGAUUAAGAAGCGCAUACUGCUCGCAGAGGGCCAAAAGACCGCCAAUGCGGCAGACUGGCAAAAGCAAAAUCGCAUUAAUUGCGAUACCAUUGCGUCGCUUAAAAAGGACAUCAAGGAGCUGACUGUGAAGGUCAGUCGUCUGCGCAAUCCGCUGCAACGUCCGGUGGUCAUCAAGGAGCCCAGCGCUGAGCCGCGCAAGAAGUCCGCUGCCACGCCCAGCAUAGUUGUGGGCAAGGUGACAUAUCCCAUAGGCGCCAAGAAUGCCGAGGAUGCGCUCUUUCUGACUGAUCUCAAGAUAACCGAAAGCCGGAAGCAUGUAGAUCUGCUGAAGCAUCGUUUCAAGUCGCGUCAGCAGCAUCUCAGCCGUCUCAUGGAGAAAUAUCGUGGGCUUAUGAACAGCAAGGAGGCGCGAAAUCAAAAUCUGGGCGAAAAGCCGCCUGAGACCUUGGAAGAGGAUGCCAAUCGUAAGUUGGUUUGCCAGCUGGAGAACGAGAUACACCGCACCAAUGUGCAGUGGAUGGAGGCGGAGCAUGUGCGUAAGAAAUAUCGCUCCAUAGAGGCAUCGCUUAUGAACGACGCGGAGCGUUUUGAGCGCAGUCUGCGCGAGCUGGAGAAAUCGCUGAGCGAGCAAAAGUCGGAGAUAGAACGCUUGCAGGAGGUGAACAAUGAGGCCAUUGAGAUGCGGGAUGCCGCCAAGGUCAUACUACAGCGCCAGGAGCAGCAGGCGAAUCUGUCGCAGAAGACACGCGAGCGACAGGCACUGGACUUUCGCAAACAGGUGGAGGCGCGUAAGCUGGAGCUGGAACGCAUUGGUCGCAAGCUGUUUGCCGAGACAAAGACGCUGGUGCAUCAGGACAGCGUGGGCUCCAGCUCGGGUGAGCAGCAUACGGCCAAGACUGAGAACGGUGAGGAGGAGCCUGCCUCGCAGUUGGAGAGCGUGACUAGCGACAUGGAGACGCUAUUUAAGCAGCUUAUGGAAGCCUCUGGCGCCACCUCGCCCUUUGAGGUAUUCGAGCGCUUUAGCGCGCAAAAGGAAUCGGCAGCCAGGCUCACCUAUCUGCGCAAGGCCGCGGAGGCAGAGAAGGCAAAUCUGGAGGCUGAGCGCGAGGCGCUCUCCAAUGAGCUGGAGGCGUCCAAGUUCUCAGAUGUCAAGGAGAGUGAAGUCAACCAAGAGGUCAUUGAGGAGAUCAAAAAUAGCAUUGCCGCCAAGGAGGAGGAGCGCAAAAAGGACACAGAUGCGGCCGACAAGUCGAUGGGCGUGCUGAAAUAUCUGAAGGAGCGAAUUUGCGAAAUGAUAUUCAAGGUGCAAGAGGUGGACGAAAGCAAUCUGGACAUACGUGAGCUUAAGCUGCAUGUAACUGUUGCCGAGCUGCCCAACUUCCUUACGCACAAGGCGCAGGACGAGGAGCUGAUUGAGAUACUUAAGCUGAAAAUCAAACGUUGCCAAGAGCUGAGCAAAGACGAAGAUGUGCCGCCACUCGACAUACCCAAGCUGGAGCUGGAGGACGAGGACGAGGAGGACCUCUAUCAGCUGGAGCAGCCACCCAAGUCGCCCAGCGUGCUCGAUGGCGAGAAGCCACAGCCUAUGCCGCUGUGCUAUUACAAUCUAUUUGCCGGACGUGCGCAGCGGGCGGCAGGCACUUCGUCAUCUUCGCCGGAGCAGGCACCGCCAGCGGUGGCCACGGCUGAUGACGACAACGAGGUGCCUUCACGCAACUUUCUCAAGCGACAAUCCGUGCUUAUUGUGGAUUCCAAGUCCCGACGCAAGCCUUUUCGACCGCCACCUGGCGGCCGACGUAAAUAA